GUGCUAGUAUACGGAUGCCCUCAGGCUGCUUGACAUAUUUCGGACUGUUUUCAAAAAAAGAUAUGUCUGGCAUCUCUGAUCUUAGAUUAAUGUUUUGCUUUCCUCGCUCAAUCAAUGUUUUGCUUCUACACCAUGAAUUAUCAAUCGUUUGCUUCGUCUGUUUUCUAAAUCCUGGAUUUCAAAAAACUACGUCUGAUCGAAGGAUCGACUUGCCCUUGCCCGGUAUGUUUGAUACAGAUGCAGUGGAAUAUGUUCAAGAAAACGAAAUUCGUACUAGCAGUGCUGGUUCCAUAUCAUUUGCUUGCGAAGAUUGUGGAAAAGCCUUCCGCUUGGAGUCGUCAUACAACCGACAUAUGGCUGUUGUCCAUAAACAGAAGAAUUCCAAACAUCGAAUUAAUGACCGGCAACAAUACUAUUAUAAACGCACUGAAAUACCAAGCACAGGGAUAUGUACCAUCAUCCCGGCUGUGAAACAAGAGGAAUGUACAAGCGAACAAAGUAUGAUCGAGGUCAAAACUGAAAUUCCAGAUGAAGCUGACCAGUCCAGUAUGGAUGAAGUUGCUGGAAGCGACAUUAACGAAUCAUCAGAAUUGACAGAACAUUCUAUGCACAGUUUAGAAGAGAGCGGACUUCAGCUAAAAGUUGAGACAUUAGAAUUGCCUGAGCCUAACUCACAAUCAUCUUUUCUGGAUUGUGAUGGUGAAACAUAUGAUUCUGCAAUCGAUGGAAGAUUUAAUAUUAAAAGUGAAUUCGAGUGUACAGAAGCCCAGCUACAGGAAAACGAAAGCGAAGAGAAGACCAUCUGCUCUCAAUCGGAUCACGGGAAAGUUGGGACCUCACCGUUGGGACCUUCUGUCACACAAUCAGACAAAUCCGAAGCUUGGAACCACGAUUCCACUGUUCGGAUUAAAGUCGAAAGUGAUGACUCAAAUGAAAGUGAUACUCUGCUGACUGUUCAUUCAACGGCCGAGGAGGACUCGACAGCAUCUGAAGUAAAUAUCAAAGAAAAAGCUCCAAGAAAGCAUUGUUGCGUUAAUUGUGAUAAAAUAUUUUUCCAUCGGUCCAAACUGAUUACUCAUCGAGCAAAGGUACAUGGAAUGGAGGAAAUGGAUGCUGCUCCACUUGUCUAUACGUGUGAGAUAUGCGACAAAGUAUACCACACUAAGGAUGGUCUGGCAUACCAUCGAUCGGUGCAUCCAGAGUAUCAGAAAUUCAAGUGUGAUGUUUGCCAAGAGGCAUUUGCCUAUGAAAGAAAUUUGAAAUAUCACAAGCAACGAUUGCAUGGGGAAGCUAAGUUUACCUGUGAAUCAUGCGGAAAAUCAUUCAAGACAAAAGCAUACCUGAGAACACACCUCAAUAUACACCAGGAAUCAAAGAGCUAUAAGUGUGCAUUCUGCGAGAAGACAUUUGCUCAGUACAAUGGAAGGGCUACACACGUAAAAAGAAUGCACCCCGAACAAUUCGAGGAGAAAUCGCAACGGGAGCUGACAUGUGAGAUUUGUCACAAAAAGUUGGACGGGAAGUUUAGAUACAGUGUCCACAUGAAAAACCAUACACUGGAGCGCAAAUUCUUGUGUUCGCACUGCGACAGUUCAUUCGUAACGAAGCAGGCCUUAUCUCGACACCAGCGCAUACACACAAAAAAGAUUAUGUCGUUUCUGUGACAAAGUAUCAGCAAUAUGGAAAACAAUCUUAGUGCAAGCGACAGAACCGCAUAACUUCAAGGACACGGAAACUAUUGUGAUAGAAGAAGAUUCAAAAAUAAAAUAAAAAAUAUAUAUAAUAGAACCCAGAUUAUCCAAGAAAUAGUCUGACAACGUCACCGCGAAUAACGCGAUAAUGGACUAAGAAUGGAGUGCAAACACGAAAUAAAAGUAUUUCAGCAUGAAAACUAUGUUUAUCUAUACAGAAAUCAUUAAACUAUCCAUCUGUAAGGUCGUGUACAGGUGUGGUCAGAUAAUAUAAAAGCCAUGACCAAAACAAAAGAGCAAGUACCUAUCUUAUUUAUUUAUUUACUAGCUGACCCGGCAAGUUUAGUUGUUGAUAUGGUUGGUUGAAAUAUGUGUAAUAUUUUUAUGGGACCCUCCUCCUUCCAGAGGAUUUACGUUACAUUUCUUGUACUCUUAAAUCCUCACCUUCUAAUUUCAUUUGCUCUAUUAAUUCUCGAGUUAUGCAGAAAUUUGUGUUAUGUUUGAAUUGGAGCCCCCUCCCAUUCUUUCAGAGGAGGGUGGUAUGUUAAACCAUCAAAGAAACAUUUCUCGUACCCAAAAACCCUCACGUGUCAUGUUAGCUCCAUUUGCUUUAUUAGUUCUCGGGUUAUGCAUAAAUUUGUGUUUCAUUUGUAUGCCAGCCCCACCUUAGAAAGAGGGAAAGAUUGUCGAACCACCAUAGAAAAGUUUAUCGAUCCCUAAAACCUGUGUAUACCAAGUUUGAUUCCAUUGGCUUGAUAAGCUCUCGAGUUAUUCAACCCCCUCCCCUUUAGAGAGUGGGUUGAGUAUCUAUUCACCAUAAAAACGUUUCGUGUCCCCUAAAACCUCAACAUGCCAAAUUUGGUUUCGUUUGCUUCAUUAAUUCUCGAGUAAUGUAUAAAUUUGUGUUUCAUACGAACUAUCAUAAAAACCUUCCCCCGCCCCAGUAAUUUCGGAGUUCAUAAGAAUCAUUGAAUCUGAUUCACAACAUUGUUUCGCCAAUGUACUAGGUUCAUAGCUGCGUCUUAGAAUUUCGCGGCUGUUGUCAGUUGAGCCAAGCUAGACAAAUUCCUCUACCAUCACGAGCUCGUCGCCAUCGAUCACAACACUACUACCGAGAAGAAUUCUGUUGCGAUCAGGCGAUCUGGCGUAGUGGUAACAUCCAUACCUCUCACGCAGAGAUCACGAGUUCAAUUCUCACUCCCGACAUUCUUCCAAAAUGGAAGCAAAAGUGACGAACCAGCCGAAAUGUGUUGAAAGUCACUAUAAUAAAGAAAAAAAAAAGUUUGACGUGGGUCGUAUUGUUUUCACAUAUUCACGUUGGAGAUCCUUAACCCUUCUCUUCGUUGGCUGAGACAUUUUGAUUGAAUGUAAUACUUUUCCGUUUAUUGUUUUUGAAAGCAUAGGCAGCCGUGGCAGUGUUCCGAGCUCUGCAAUACAAUUUUCUUACCCAAUAUUAAAGUUGCUAAAACUUACAUUAUAGACCCAUUAAACGUAAAAAUAAUGAUUGUAUUGAUAUCAACACUAUUUUAUUCUAUUGAUUUUCAUGACAUGAAAGGCUAUGACUCAGGAAUAACAUUUCAUUGAGUGGUUUUGAUAAAUGUUUCGAUGAUGUUGUCUGGCAUCAGUGUCGAAAAAAUAACGAUGCUUUCACCAAUACAAACAAAACCAUUGCCGAAGAUUGAAAAAUGAAAAUUUAACUUUCAGAGCACUUGCUCGAGUUUUCCGACGUUUUUCACUAUACAGUGCGACAGCAGAUGAAAAUUUAAUAUCUUGUGAGUAAUCGAUUAGAUUUUGGUUGAUAUUACUUCAUGGGAAGUGUGCGAAAACGAUAAUUUUCUUCACAUAGUUUCGCGCAAUUAUUGAUUUUCGGGCGAGGGGUGAGGGACGGAGAUGAAAGAAAUGAGCGCCAUUGUGGCAGCCAUUUGAGGCUAGCUUCCACCUUCACCUUAAAAUUGCUUUCAAAACAGGCUGUUGAAAUCACCAAUCGGUAUAUAAGCGAGCGCCGCUCGGAAAUCCACUCAGUUAUAUUUGAACAGCGAUUGGAGCAUGUUGUCGCUGUUGAGGUGAAGCUAACUUCGUUCAUCAUGAAAGCGCUGAUGAACGGUGUCACAAAGAGCCUGGAGAGUGAUGCCACUGAAAAGGUGACCAAGAGAAUAUCAGCAUCGAAAAACGGUGCCGCUGGAGACAUCGGAGCAGCCGCCACACACACAUACACGCGCGCAACUCUUUUCAUUUGGUUGUUAUCCAGCAUCGAGAAGAUUCCGGAAAGAUGUCACCGUUGCUGAAAAAUAAUGUGCCAGUUCCCAUUGGAAUUGAAUAAUACAUUCAAACGAAAGAGUUUAUUUUAAUGUUUUCUAUCCAUAUAACACUGCGACCAAAUACAUUUGGUUUUGUGAUUUUCCAAUCAAGUGCGAUCAACGUAAGACCACGUCUUUCGGCAAUUUAUUAGAGGUGCAAUGAAUCUUAAGAAGGAAUUCCCGCUCUACGCGCACUGGCAAACGAUGUUUACUCAACAAACGAGAAAUGAAUGUUGUGAGAUAGGAUGAGCAAACGCAAAAAUUAUGUAGACUGAUUUGAUGCAACAAAUAUUUUGUCUAUUGGAAAUGAAAUACAAAUCAUAUCACAAUAGAAGCAAUGUAUUAUGUAUUAUACAA